UUUCCUUAUUUUAAAAUGUAACUACUUUGGAUGAGCUUCUAGCUUAGUGGGAGGCUGCUAGGCAGUUGAGGUUCUAAAGUAAAUCCUUGAAAACUUUUGGUGUUACCUUUCUAGUCCCCAUCUUGAAAAUUAAAUUUUAUUUUAUUUUUGAAGAAAGAAAUAAGAAGGUUACAUAGAGUUCAUAGUUUAGAACAAGAAAUUGGUAUCCUUAAUUAGGUUUUUCCCUAUCAUAGCCUUAAAGACUAUAAGUUUGAUCAAAAGAAAAAGAGUAUUGUCAUCAUUUUUUACAAAAGAAAAUUGAUAUAUUCUAGUUCUUUUUUUUUUUUUUUUUUUUUUUUUUAAGGGGAUAAGUUCAUACUGGUAGGACAUAUGGGAUAAUGGGUAAUAGAGGUUAAAACUAAAGUUUGAGCACCACAGCAUUGGUAGGCCUAAGCGAUUCUAGUUGUAGUUGCUAAUUAUUGUAUUGAAAAAUGUGUAGCCCCAUAUGCCCCCUUACUGGCCUCCUUAGUGUAUAUUGUCUAGUCCUUUGUUUCUAUGCGGUUCUUGAAUUAAAUUAAAAAGAAAAAAUGGGAAGGGAAGGGGAGGGGAGGGGAGGGGAGGGGAGGGGGGAAUGAUACUCGAUUGUAUUCUCUAUGCCUAGAUAUAGAGUAUUGUGAAAAAACGUUUUUGCCCUUGGUUCGAUAUUAUGUGUGUGCCUCCCACUUGUCCAAGCAUUGACGAUAAGGUAGCAUUCUUUCUUAUAAUAAUAAACAAUUUGAUUCUUCAAAAAUUAUUUGUGGGACCACCGAGACAUGUUCGACGGCCGCUUCUCCCGGGACAAAUUCUCCGAUAACCCUCGAGCCGAUGAUCCCCGAAGCUACGCUGCCUUGGACCAGACUCUCAAAUCGCUUCACCUGCGGAUCUCCCGGUAUGUGUCCGCUGACCAUCCCCACCUACCGCCCAUCUGGUCAGAUUCUGCUGAUACGGCCGCCUUCGUCGACGCCGUGGAUGAAUUACUUUCCACCAUUAGGUAUUGGGAUUCCUUGGCCUUCGAGAAACUCGUCGCCUCCUGCUUAUAUCGCCUUGACGAUCUCCUCCAGCAGUCUAUGUUACGCCUUGAAGAUGAGCUCCGAUUGCUAAUUAAAUGGAGUGCCGAGGCGUUUGACCUCAGUCGAUCAUGCGAAAAUUCUGAGAUCACUAGGACUUGGAAUUUCUCGUUAGACUCCGACUCUGACGACGACAACGACGAUGAAGAUGGGUACGGUAACCCCAACGGAGAGGGAGAGGAUAGUAUCCCCAUCCCCCACCCGGUCUCAGAUUACGUUGUCUUGAUUGAUGGCGGCUUGUUUAAUAGAUCAACGAUUCAAAUUAAUUGGAAUGCUGUUAAUUUCCGAGCGCUUAAGCGCUGCUACCACUCGCACUUAAUUUUUAAAAAUUUUAUCUUUUAUCACGUUUUUCCUGUGGACCCCGCGUGGCGUUCUUAUGUUGCAGGUUGGUGCUUAGCGGCUUAG